GAGAGUAACAUAACCUCUUCAACGCGUGCGAGCACACGUGUUUAUACGCGCCGUGACAGGCAGCGUAAAUAAUUUUGUUUUUUAGUGUAUUUGUAAAAAAUAAAAGGUCGCAACAAUGGGAAAGAAGUCCAAAAUUGGAAAGCAGCGUCGUGAUAAGUACUAUCACUUGGCAAAGGAAACUGGCUAUCGAUCUCGUGCCGCUUUCAAAUUGAUACAGCUGAAUCGGAAAUUCGAAUUUCUUCAAAAAUCAAGAGUAUGCAUAGAUUUAUGUGCAGCUCCUGGAGGAUGGAUGCAGGUAGCUCACGAGAACAUGCCUGUGUCCUCUAUAAUAGUCGGAGUAGAUUUGUUUCCCAUCAAACCAGUUCCUGGUUGUAUCGGUCUUAUUGGGGACAUCACAACAGAUAAGUGCCGCAUAGAUCUGGCCAGAGAGUUGAAAACUUGGAAAGCAGAUGUUGUUCUAAAUGACGGUGCUCCUAAUGUUGGUAAAAACUGGCUGAUUGAUGCUUACCAGCAAGCCACUCUGACACUGUCAGCUUUAAAACUAGCUACACAGUUUCUGAGACCAGGAGGAUGGUUUGUAACAAAAGUGUUCAGGUCCAAAGAUUAUAAUCCUUUGAUUUGGGUGUUCAAGCAAAUGUUCAAAAAGGUACAUGCAACCAAACCUCAAGCUUCUCGUAAUGAAUCUGCUGAAAUCUUCGUAGUUUGUCAGCAUUAUCUUGCACCUGCCAAGAUUGAUCCAAAAUUCUUGGAUCCGAAACAUGUGUUUGCAGAGCUUGACUUGGAGCCAAAGAACAAACUCAAUGUGUUUAAUCCGGAAAAACAGAAAAAGGCCAAGGCAUUAGGAUAUCCUGAGAAUGAUUACACUUUAUAUCACAGGUUGUCAGUGAAAGAUUAUAUUAAAAGUGAGAGCGCUAUAGAUGCUUUGCAAGAUAUUUCAGAAAUUGUUAUAGACGAUGAAGCAAUUUUAAACCACAAGAAGACUACUAAAGAAGUUAUUGAAUGUUGUAAAGAUAUCAAAGUGUUGGGUAAGAAAGACUUGCGUUUGCUUCUGAACUGGCAUAAAAUCCUGAAAGAUGAAUCGGACAAAAAAGCAGAACAAGAGAAAGAUUCUGAAAACCAGAAAGAAGAGGAAACACCAAAAACUUUAGAAGAGGUGGAGGAUGAAGAGGAUGAGCAAAUAACUAAAGAUAUUGAAAGAUUAAAAGAAGAAAAAUUAAGAGAAUUAAAAAGAAAAAGGAAGAAAGUUAAUAAGGAAAGAACUAAACUUAAUCAAAAGUUGAAUUUAAACAUGGUUUUAAAAGGGGAUGUAGGUCCUGUCAUGGAAGGUGAUGAUAUGUUCUCACUCAAACAAAUCCAGACAUAUGAUCAACUUCAUCAAGUCACAGAUCAAAGCCCAGACGUCGUUGCUGAAAGUGACUCUGAUUCUGACAGUGAAGUUAAGAAGCCAAAAAUAGUAAGAUACGAAAAAGAUUCAGGACACUUGGAUAGUAAAGGUUUAUAUUACAAAGAUGAAGACAGCGAAUUAGAAUUUUCUGAAGAUGACAGUGCUAGUGAAAAAUCUGGAUUGGGUCUUAGUGAAUCAGAGGAGGAUGAAAAACCUGUUAAGUCUGAACCCAAAAAGGUUACAUUUGAGGGUGUAGGAAAGGAUGAUGAAGAAGUAGAGGAUGAGGAUGAGGAUGAGGAUGAGGAUGAGAAUCCUUUGAUAACAGAUUUAGAUGACAGGGACAAAAAGUCAAAGAAAGCCAAUAAAGCCGCAUUGUGGUUUGACAAAGAUAUUUUCAAAGAUCUAGAAGAUGAAAACGUUGAAGAUAUGGAAAUAGACAAAAUGUUAGAGGUGUAUAAGAAGAAGGGAGGUAAAAUUGUUGGUGAAAAAGAUAAUGCUAAUGCUGAAGUUAAAAAAGCAAUCAAGAAAAAGGAUGACGAUGAUGACGAUGAUGACGACGACGACGACGACGAUGACGAUGACGAUGACGAUGAUAAGGAUUCUGACUAUGAUUCAGAUUACAAUGUUGAUGAAGAAAUUGCUCCUGAAAUCAAAGGCAAAAAAGUGAAAGGCAAAAAAGGCGGUUUUGAAGUUGUCUCAAAGAAAGAAUCACUGAAACCAAGCAAAAAGAGGAAACUAACGACGGAAGAUCUCGCCCUCGGUUCGUUAUUGGCACAGAGUAAAAAAUCACGAAGAGACUUGGUAGACGGUGCGUGGAACAGAUUUGCGUUCAACGAUGACAAUUUGCCGGACUGGUUUGUAGAGGAUGAAAAGAAACACAUGAAAAAAGACGUGCCGGUACCGACUGAACUCGUAGAAGACUACAACAAACGCGUACAGGACAUCAAUGUCAGACCAAUCAAGAAGGUGAUGGAAGCCAAGGCUAGGAAGAAGAAGAGAGCGCUGCGUAAAUUAGAAACUGCCAAGAAGAGAGUCGAGGCUGUCAUGGACAACGCUGAGAUGAGUGACAGAGAAAAGGCGAAACAAGUUAAAUCUAUCUACAGGAAAGCAACGAAAGAACCGAAGAAGGAAGUGACGUACGUUGUCGCUAAAAAACACAUGGCUCAGAAACGAGCAGCCAGACCUGCUGGCGUUAAAGGACGAUACAAGAUGGUAGAUCCUCGAAUGAAGAAGGAGUUGCGAGCUAUGAAGGCCAAGGAGAAGACGAAGGGUCGCGGUAAGAAGUCGAAAGGUCGUGGCGGCAAGCCUCCGAGAGGGAAAGCACGAUCAGCACCGAAAGGAAAGAAAGCGAAAUAAAUGACGGAUAGUGAAAUGUUAAUUUGUUGACCGACUUUUACAUUUUUACUUCACGUAAGAUAAGUUUGUAAAUAAUUUAUACUGUCAGAAUCAUUAUCAACGACGAGAGUUAUUAUCGUAUAGUUCAUGGGACUUCUUUCUCAUGCGAUAUAUAUUGUAUACACGCUAAUUCGUUGAGUAAACGAAUUUCUUUUACAAAUCA